UCAACUGAAAACUCUCUCCCGAUUAAUCUUAUAUUUAUUUAUUAAAUGGUCAAGUUACUUACGGAACUGCUUUUUUCUCUUUGGGCCGGCUUGUUUAUCGGUUCUCUGGUUGUAGUCCCAUCUCUGGCCCGCAGUCAUCAUGAUCGAUAUCAACAAAGCUACAAUGAAAUGAGCAACAUAAACAGCUGCAACGACAACAAAGAUAGGGUCCCGGUUCUGGAACCAGUAUACCCGCUCUACAUGAGGCGAUCACCCGAUCUCAUCUCCCUUAUUUUAGCCAUUAGAUUGUCAGCUGUCAUGCCACCUCUCACCAUCAAUGCACAUCCUCACUCUGCCUUUGUGAUUUCGUGCAAGCUGCCAUUUCUCUCACUUAACAGGAUAUCUCCACUCUGUUAUUAAUAAUUUCGGCAGGCUGACAUUGCUCGCACUUCAACAGGAUCGUAUUAUACUUUGCAUCAUCUUAUAAUAAACAUAAUUGAUAUUAAUUUCUAAAAUUUUAAUUUGUUUACAUAACACAUUUUUUGUACAACUUUAUACUGAACAGAGGACGAAAACACCAGCCAAAGUUAUUGCCAGUCGCAAAGAAAAUAAAACAAAGGCAAAUGAUAUCAAUACAAGACGCAAUAAUCUAUUUGGUCUUUCUUUCACUGUUCGCACUCUAGGAAGUUUUUCUUAAAAGAAAUUUGGCUCAGGGGUCUCGAACAAGAGUCUGCGUCUGACUCUGUCUGCUACUCGGGGCGAGGAAGGACAACAUGGAAUAGACUCACUCGGAUGAUGUGCGCUUCGCCAGUGGCCGCUUCUUAACCAAUCCUCAUUGAUAGCACUGGGGAUAAGUGCGCCGAGGGUAUGGCUGAUCUGCGCAGCUGAUAUGGCGUACGUGCGUCGCUGAUAUGACUGACGUGCCACGCUGAGCCAAAAUCGGGCCUUUGGGGUGACCUGCUGGCCUCUCUGGCCUGACAGCUUCUUGGACGGCCUGAACUGUCGAGCGUGGAUCCUUGCCGUUGGGGGAUCUGCUGCCCGUUUCUUUUAUUUAUUAAUAGCGCUCCGCUGAACUUUUUAUCUUCGUCACUCACACUUCAUUUCGCUGCACGUCUACUCACCCUGAUGGUCUUUCCACAAGUGCCGGCAUGCUCGCUAACAAGCCAUGCGUUCGCCGCGGCCGUUCAACUUCGCCGCAAGCUUUCGCAACUUCGCCUCGGAGCUUUCGCUCUUUGCCACCAAAUGGCAGUUGCGCUCUCGAAGGCGGUGUUGAGCAUCAGAUCAGCAACACACGGUACCUGCGACGGCCGCUGGUUAAAUUUAAACUUAAUUCAAACUGAGCUCAUUGCCCUUAAUUAGCUUCAAUACAUCAGCACCUUGCCUUAACUGUUCUUGUUACUAAUACAAUGCUUAUAUACUAUACAAUGCUUAUACCCUAUAA